GGGUUUCUUGAUUAGGCGCUCUGCGCAACUGGUUUGAAAAUCGGGGUUUUCACCUUGCUUCACAAUACUUAGCGCUAUUGAAAUGAAAAUGUUUUUCUUAUUACAGGGUAACAAUAAGUAAACGUGCUGGAAGGAAAAAUAGGAUCUGCGUGAUGGAUAAGACUAUCUUCAUAAUAAGCUUUCCCUUUUGUGGCCCAAAUACGUUAUUCGAUUUCUGAAAUAUAUAUGUUGUGCUAGCACGUCGUGUUCUUGCUUCGAGACAUUCACUGACCCUUAUUUGUAUGCUGUUACUUUAGAUCUCCCCUGCUUCCAAAUAGACACCGGUAGCAUUUGUAACAGAAUAUGCAGUCGAGUGUUUCAUUGGAAGAUGGAUUUUAUUCCUUCUGGAAAUCUCUUGGACCUAAGCCUCCUACCACUCUUCGAUGCUUCGAAAGAGGGGAGAUAAUGACGCUUCAUGAUUCUGAUGCUAUUCUUGUGGCUACAGAUUACUACAGAAAUCCGUCCCUCGUAAAGCGGUUUUCCAGGGGGAAGUCAAGCCUGUCGUAUGUCACUGUCAAAAAACAAAACACUGACUUUUUGAGACAUUUUCUUCUAAAGAGGCAAUAUCGCAUCGAAAUAUAUUGUUCCACAUCCAAAUGUGGGAGAGAUAAUGAGUGGAGCCUUAAGUUGAAGGCUUCUCCUGGGAACUUGGGUUCAGUAGAAGAUCUCCUUACAUCCACAUCAGAUUCAGUUGAAGCUUGUGGACUCAGUGCAGUAAAUGUAAAGCAGCUAAACGAACGAAUACAUGUGUGCCUAGCGUUUUGUGAAACUGAAAGUCGGAAGUUUCUUGUUGGUGAAUUCAUGGACUCAGUGCACUUAGCGAACUUGGAAACUGCUCUUGUUCAACUUAAAACAAGAGAAUGCCUUGUCCCUACCGGACUGCUUUCACAUCCAGAUAUUUCGAAAUCUGAUGUCACACCUUUGGGCAAUGCUAUUUCGGAACACGUCAGUCUUAUUUUUGAAAAAACUGGGAUUUUACCUACUGAGGUAAAAAAGUCUGAAUUCUCGCACACAAUUAAACCACAAGACUUGAUCUAUUUCCUGCGAUCUGAAAAAGAAAACCCAAAUGGCUCUUUGCUCUACGAGAAAGAGUUUCUUCUCAAAGAUGCAUUGUCUUGUCUGGGUGCCAUAAUAAAAUUCCUAGAUCUAAACGCUUUUGACACGAAUCGUCAUGUAUUCACAUUAGAAACUUUUAGUCUUGAAAAUCAUGUACGCCUAGAUAGUGCUGCCAGUCGGGCAUUGCACUUAUUACCUGGUCCAGAUGAUAAAAACAAGUUUCACAGUGUUUAUGGCGCAUUGAACAAUUGUCGAACGGCUCAAGGCCAGCGUCUUCUAGCUCAAUGGCUUCGACAACCUUUGAUAGAUAAGUCAAAAAUUGAAGAACGUUUGGACUUAGUUGAAUCGUUUGUUGCAGAAACUGCGAUACGUCGAGGAUUGCAUGAAGAUUUCUUACGUCGCAUCCCUGAUUUACAACGUCUAGGUCGACGUCUUAAGAAAAUCAGAGGUUCUGGCCUUCAGGAUGUCUAUCGUAUAUAUCAAGCUGUUUUACGCUUACCAUAUGCUGUUUCAUUAUUGAAUCAAUACACGGGAUCCAAACGAUCAACAGUUUACGAAUGUCUUAUAACACCUUUACAAAAAGCCAUGGAUAACUUUAUUCUGUUUAAAGAUCUAGUGGAAUCCAACAUAGAUUUGGACUAUGUUAACCAACGAAAUGAGUUCAUUAUUCGUGCUGAUAAAGAUCCGUUGCUACAAGAAAUAAGGAAUAAAUUAGACAAUUUGGAGGAAAGAAUUCGGGAUGAAUUUAGACGUUGUGCAAAAAAGCUGAACUUGGAACAGAAUAAAUCUAUCAAGUUGGAAAGCAAUGAGCUACAUGGAUAUUUUAUGCGUGUCACACUCAAGGAUGAGAAAUGUUUAAGAGGAUUUGAAACAUUUGAAAUUUUGGACACACAAAAAGGUGGUGUACGUUUUCGUAAUAACCAAAUGACUUCAUUAAAUGAAACUUAUGCUGAAGUGAAACAAGAAUAUAAUGGAUUACAAGAAGUGGUUGUACAUCAAGUUGUUUGUGCCGCAGCUACUUAUUUAGAGCCUAUUAAUCAAUUGAAUGCAACCACUGCGUUCUUAGAUGUUAUUGUUAGCCUUUCUAUCGCAGCUAUCUCGUCUUCAGGCGUAUCGUAUAUUCGUCCGAAAAUUCUCUCUAAAGAUAAUGGUCAUAUUAUUUUAAAAGGAGCACGUCAUCCAUGUUUGGAAAUGCAAGAUCGAGUCAGUGUUAUUCCAAAUGAUGUACAUCUUGAACGUGGUAAACAAAUAUUCCUAAUUAUUACUGGUCCGAAUAUGGGUGGCAAGUCAACUUUUAUACAUAGUGUUGCCGUUAUUGUUGCUAUGGCCCAAAUUGGCAGCUUUGUUCCGUGUUCAUACGCAGAAAUUAUGCCAGUCGAUGCUAUCAUGGCACGUGUUGGUGCGGCUGAUUAUCAAUGUCGUGGUGUUUCUACAUUUUUAGCAGAAAUGCUUGAAACUUCAGCUGUUUUACGAUCGGUCACGCCAAAUUCACUUGUCAUUAUUGAUGAAUUAGGACGUGGCACAUCAACGUAUGAUGGGUUUGGACUAGCAUGGGCAGUCGCUUCAUUUUUAGCUAGUCCUGAAGUUGGUUGUUUCGGUUUAUUUGCCACACAUUUUCAUGAAUUAACCAGUUUAGCAAAUUAUAUGCCCAAGCGUGUAGCUAAUCUACGAGUUUUAUGCAAUGUAUCAAACACUAAGGGAAUCGUUGAAGAUGAAGAGUCUGAGACAAAAGUUACCAUGUUGUAUAAAGUUGAGCCAGGUGUAUGCAGUCGUAGUUAUGGUCUAGACGUUGCUCGUCUUGCAGGCCUACCUAUGGAAGUAAUUAAACAAGCUGAACACCAAGCAUCUAAAGAUGAAGAGCUUGAAUCAAUUUGGUUGAAAUUAGAUAAAAAAUGCUCUACCAUAUAUGAAGAUGAACUAGACUUUGUUCAUGACUCUCCAGCUGUAUCAAUCGCCAAUGAAUUAUGUCCACGUCUUAUCGCAAUGCUGGAUCACGUCAUAAAAGAAGUUGAACUAAAUAAGAAUUUAUCAAUUAAUAUGAUUAGUUCGACAGUUGCUCAUUUGACGCGUGAACUUUUACUAGAGAAACCAAAUAAUUUACCAAGUGAUUACUUAUUAAAUUUGGUCAAAAAUAAACUAGAAAACAAUAAGAAAAUAUAGAUAGGUUUUUUACGAUUGAACAAUUAUUUUAUUGUUAUAAUCAUGACUAUAGUACUUUGUCAAAAUUUUCCUUUAAAAAAAUAUCUCCACGUUUCUUUUUAUAUCAGUUUUAAAUUAAUAAGAUCUGCUCACAUAUUCCUUUCAAAAUUUUCUGUGUAUCUUGAAUAUUGAUACAGUAAAUGUAUAUUAAGCCUUAAAAUCAGAAAUAAUAUAGUGAAUCGAGUGGAUUUAAAACCUAAACAAGUCGAUACCAACUCAAUAGUCUUAAGCUUCAGCUCUCCCUUUGACACUUGAAGUCCCUGGUUUCAAUACCUGGCAAGGCUGUGAAUCUACAUGACUAAGUAUUCCAGUACUUCGACGAAAUAGUUGUCUAGAUCUUCUUGGUUUAUAUAGGUUGUCUAGCUUCAACUAGUUCGCGAUUCGGCAACAAAACUAUCCUUAAAGUUUUGAUAGGAAAUCAUGACUUGUUGUGUCGAAUGAACAGUUGCGUGAUGAUUGCAGUGGUUACAAGAAAGUAGCAUAAAUGAUAACAAUCCGGACUCAUGUAGUUAGUUAUUUAGUCAGUCACUCAGUCAGCUACAACGUAGGACCAGGCACAUAUAUGCAUCGGUCCGAGUUGCCAUACCCCAUUAACACAACAAGAUGGACACCGGAUUCAUAAAAGUAGUUAAUUCAGAGGUGGUAAUAUAUAAAAGAAAGAUUGCAAUAAGGAUAUAGUACAGGAAGAAAGAAUUAGUUCGUAGAAAGAAAGAUAUGAAGCGAUUUUAAUCUCUUAGUUUAAGGGAAGACAGAGAGUGUAUACACCGACGCCAUUGUGAUCGAUUCUUAGCUAUGUCACCAAGAGUCUCCAACCAUUGGUUACGAUAGUCACGCGGACCCCAACCAAGUAGUCUGCAUCUACCAACAUGGCUCAGACUAGAAGUUAGUGACUUCAAGCACUGAUGCCACGUUUUGGUUUGGCCGCCCCUAACUUUCUUCCAACCAUCUUCAAUACCGGAUAGCAUUGCACGUCGUGGUAAUCGGUGUUCGGGCAUACGUAACACGUGGCCCAACCAUCUCAGUCGAUGAAGAUUCACAACCUCAUCAACUGAUUUACCAUCAUUCCCUAAUACCCUGCGUCUAACCUCACUAUUACUUACCCGGUGAUCCCAGCAGAUGCCAGCAAUAUUUCUAAGGUAUCUGUGGUCAAAUACUAAUAGCUUACGGGUGUCUUCUACUCUUAAUGGCCAUGUUUCGCUGCCGUAAAUUAAAACAGAACUCACUGCCGUGCAGUAUACUCGUCCUUUUAUCGAUAGACAGAUAUCUCGCCUUCGCCAUAGGUGACGUAAGUUGGCAAAAGCCAAACGAGCUUUUCGAAUCUGUGCUGAGAUUUCGUCAGACACCAACCCAUUGAGGCUGAUGAGACGUCCAAGAUAAGUGAAGUUGUCAACGCGUGCGACUACUUCAUUCCCUAUCCUUAGUUCAGAUGUUGACGCAGACCAGUCCUGAAGCAACAACUCGCAUUUAGAGGGAGAGAAGCGCAUUCCAAACAUUCUGGCAUUGUUGCUUAGUGCUACCAGAAGACUCUGCAUUUUAUCAGCGUCUUCACCAAACAGGACUAUAUCAUCUGAGUAUUCCAAGUCGAUAAGUGGACCUCCUGGUAGGAGAUCAAUACCCGAGAAUUCAGUAGACGAGAAUGUUAUUUCCAUCAAUAGGUCUAUGAUGAAGUUAAACAAAAAUGGAGAAAGUUGAGAGCCUUGACGGACACCACUUGAGGUUGCAAAAGCAGAUGACAGUUCGCCAUAAGCUCUCACUCGACUGGUAGCGUUCGAAUAAAGAGCCUUCACAAGGUUUAUGUACUUCUGAGGUACGCAUUUCAAUGACAGACACUGCCACAGAAUCUCGCGGUCUACCGAGUCAAAUGCUGCUUUUAAGUCAAGAAAGACCACCAUUGUCGGCCGCUGAUAAGUAUGCCUAUGUUCUAGAACCUGACGAAUGGUGAAUAUGUGGUCGAUGCAGCCACGACCAACCAGGUCUGAAGCCAGCUUGAUUCUCUCGUGUUUGCAGUCCACGAGUCUUAGUUAGGCGUCUGAUAAUUAUCGAGGCUAGUAUUGUAGAUACUAUAUUAGUUAAACCAAUCCUUCUAUGGUUGUCACAAGAUGAUUUUAACCCUCUCUUAUAUAUUGGGACGAUAAGUGAUUGUGACCAGUCAGAUGGAAUAACGUCUAACUCCCAGAUCUUAGCUAAAAUAUUAGUCAACCUAGUCGCUAAAAUUGGACCACCAUCCUUAAAGACCUCUGGAGCCAAUCCAUCUGGAGCAGCUGCCCUUUCUCGUUUCAGAUUAAGUAUAGCCUUCUGAACUUCUGCUAGAGUUGGGGGACCUACUUCAAUGUUCCAUUCACACUGUCUGGGAAUGGAGGGUAGUUGUAGAGUAGCUGAAGGCCAGCUGAACUGUCCUCUGAAACGUUCUGCCUAUCGUUCUAAACGUCUGGACUGGGAGCAGAUGAGGGUGUCGUCUUUUUCCGAAAUAGUCUGACUUACACUUGACUUAAUAAUUCCAGUUUCUUUUAUUAGUCUGUAAAGCUGUCUUGUGUUCCCUAUAGCCGCCGCCUUUUCCAUCUCUUUUGCUUUCGUUGCCCACCACUGCUCACGAUCGUUCCUUAGACUUUUGGUUAACCUAGAUCUGAUUUGUUGUCGCUCUUCAUCGUGUUCAGAGCCUGAUGGGAUGAGUUUACGAGAAUUCAUCAGUGCAAUAAACCUUGAAGAAAUCCAUUGGUUCUUUGUAACCCUGUGGUUUAAAUCACUGAUAGAUGUCACUGCUGUUUCCACAGCGGAAGCGAUUAAUAUACUGUCAGUCUUUGUGUACAUUUGUUAUUGUGUAUAGAACAGAAAGGCUAAGUCAUCUUCAAAGUUCAAAUUAUUCAGUUGUCUCCAAGGUUCUCACUGUAUUCCGUGCUUUUCCUGAGGUGGUGGGGUCUUCAUAAUCCGAUCAGCAACCAGAAGGAAGAGAGAGUGAAUGUAAGGAACCCUGUAUAACACCGAUCCUCACUCAAGGUAUCAGUGAUCUGUCCUCCAUCCAUGACUCGUAAGAUAUUUGUAUCAUGGUGACGAUCUUUUCAGGUACAUCAUAGUGUCGAAAGACAUUCUAUAAGGUUUUCCUAUUCACUGUCAAAUGCUAUCUCAUAAUCAAGGGAGUUGAUGUGCGGUUAUGAGUUCUAUUCGACUGGUUGUUUAACAUUGAUCUGCAGUGUCGCGAUUGGGUCAGUAUAUGAUUAGUCGUAAUGGAAUCCAGCUUGUUGAUCUUAAAGCCGUACCCACUGAAUCUUUUAUUUGGUUCAGCAAUAAUGUUAUGUCCCGAUAAGCAUAAUGAAUGGUAACUUUUGGGAUCCAUUUAUGGACCAAUACUAUGCGUGUAUUUUUGCCGUAUAAUAGUUAAAUAACCAAACUAUACAUAUGCGUGUUCCUCUUAUUAUGCGCUUUAUUUUAAACUGUGAACUAUUAUUAUCCGAUUUACCAUUCUUGAAUUAUGCCUUAUCUAUUAAAUACUACCUCCCUCAUUCACAGCAACAUUUGGCUAAUUCUUGUACAAAUGUUGUUUCAUAUUUUAUGGUACGUUGUGGUCUGUUUGAUUGGUAUAUAAACCCAGUAUGCUUGAAAUAAAUGAUUCAUAUUGCAGAG